AAAUACAACAUACUGCAGAUAACUAUACAGUAGCGUGGAGUACUAUAUGCGAAAGAUUCAACAAUACAAAAAAGUUAUUGCACGACCAUUUAGGUGCAUUGCUAUUUUCUGAACCUAUUCACAAGGGUUCCUGCGAUAAGUUACAGCAAUUAGCUGACAAUAUUUCUCGACAUUUAGGCGCUAUUGAGCAGUUAGGACAAUCAGUCGAAAAUUGGGAUUGCUUAUUAAUUUUCUGGAUAUCACAGUUUUUAGAAAAAUGAGUUACGCCGUUGUAAGGUUCAUUAAGGAAUCGAAUAAUGGCGAUGUGGUGGUCUCAGAGGUUGCGAUAGGCUGGCUCUCUGCAGAUCGCAAGGAAUGUAGAUGGCCACUUAAUAACAGUAAAAUAUAUAUGACCAAAAACGGACCAGCUUCUGACAAUUGGACAACAUAUCCUGUAGAAGUUGAGUGUGUUUGUGACACACUGAGUGAAGCCAAAAUGAAGGCCCUGAGCUGCUCUUCAGAUGAAGAAGGAAAUGUGAAAUAUCCUGAAUUUUAACGAUAAAAUACGUUCCAAAACCGCGAAUUAUAUAGUGAAAAGUGAAAAAAGACACAUUACAAGUGAGUUCGGAGGCAGUGACUCUUAUGAAUCGCGAGUUAGCGAAAUCGGUGCAAGAUUUGAACACUGAAAUAGUGCAAAAAUACAUUAAAAAGGCUUCUGAAGCCAUGAGUGAAUCCGCGAUGAGUGCGGAUUCGAGACCGCAGUCACCUACAACAAGCGUGAAAAGAAGAAGAAUAACAGACUCCGAAAACCCGGAGUUCUCGCAUCCUAAACAAAGGAGCAGGAGGAACUCCCUGACAAGAGCAAAGCCACACCCUGUCACGCUCAGAAACAACUACGAACAACUACCAAGGGAGGAAAAAGAUUAUAGCACCGGACAAACGAACAGAGCAAUAAGAAAGCCCAAAAGACCCCCACCAAUAGUGAUUCAGGGGAUCUUCAAAAAGCACCUAAAUAUCACUAUAACAAUUAGAAAAAUCAUACAAGGGAAAUUCCUGAUAAGAUACAGCAAAAACGCAUCAAAUAUUUACUGCGACGACUAGGCCGACCACCAAAAACUGGUAGAAUAUUUUAAAGGGUGCAAACAGGAAUUCCAUACAUACACCAACAAAAACGAGACGAAUCGAGCCUUCACGUUAAGAGGGCUCGAAACAGAACCGGAAGAAGAGGACAUAAAAGAGGAACUAGAGAAGGAGUACAAUAUACCAGUAAAAGCAGUGCAUAAACUAAAAGGCACCAGAUCCCCGAAUUACAUGGUCAUCACGGACAACUCUGUCACCGUGAGGCAGCUCAGCGCUACUGUCAAAUCAGUGCUGUUCACAGCUAUUAGAUGAGACAGAUAUAGUAACAAUAAAGAAAUCAUCCAAUGUCACAGAUGCCAGAACUGGGGCCACGCAACCUCCCAUUGCUACAGGGAGGUC